UAGCUAGGGAGCCAUCACUUCAGUCACUUCGGAAAUUCAACAGCAGUUUGUUACAGACAACCCCAUCAGUCCAGAGAGAGAGAAAAAAGAAAGAAAUCACAACCGACUCAUUCGGAGUCAAGAAAUGGAGUACGUAAGGUCAGCACGGGCCACCUCGCCCCAGCAUUGAAAUGUGCUGAUUGACGCAACGGCUUGAGAAAAGUCGACCUAUACCGUGGAUAGGACAAAACCCCGACCGUGUUUAGUAGCGGAACACUCGCGAAUAGGUGGCGGGAUAUUAACACAACUCAGCGGCGACUCUUUUUUGUAAGAGUACCGCUCGUCAGGUGAAAUCCACACUUAUGAUGCGAUUCACACCGAAGUAAAAGGCGGAGGACAAAAAUUAAAACCCACUCGAGUUGAGUUUGUGUGGUGUGUUGCCAAGGUAUUUCAGCCGCGAAUUAAGGCCACUUCUUCGGCUUCAAGAAUGGACUGAGAUGUCGGAACAGUGCUUGAUGGAGACCGGACAGCUGAGGGCGGAUGGAUUAAACGUCAAGUACUCGGUAUCUGGCCACGUGUAACCCAUUGACUUGUUGUUCAACAUGUGGAACCAACAAGAUAACGGAAGUCUUCAAUGAAAUGAUCGUUCGAAAUAGAAAACAAACUUUACGAAUGAGAAUAUAAAUAGCCUGGAAAAGACAGGGAACUUCUCAAAACUGAGUUUGGACGGUUGACGGCCGAAUGACAGUUCCGACUUCCCGGGGACAUUCUUCAGUCUCCAUACAUUGCCAUACCGUUAAUUUGACAGUAAAUUAAACUCCAACGAAGAGAUUUUAAAUUGCCGAGUGUGCGUGUCACAUCUGAGCUUCGUGUGCUAUUUAUCGAGGCGAGUUUCUGAAAUUGAAGCUUGGGCCCUACAUCGAAGUCGGUCGGGUACUUGUCAGCACUUGAGCGAGACUGCACCGGGAGGAUAUUCCCUUGCCCACCGCGCACCGUUCCCCUAGCUCCCGCCGAUAGAUUGAUCACCGUUCCGGAGCGGCGCUGGAUCACUGACCGGGGGACAAGUCAAGAAAAGCUCGGCGGUGCGCCUGCAACAGCUCAAAUAUAUCCCCCCUCGAAGAAAUCAAGUAUCGAUAAACGCUGUCCCACUUUUUUGUUCUAUUUAAGUCCCCUUAAUUGUGAUUUUUGUCGGCCGAGUUUGCCGGACUUCCGCAAGCACUUCAAGAUUUUGAGAAUGAUGGUGCGUAGUUCCAGCAGUUUCGUCGUGGGUCUUUUGUUCUUUCUCAUUCUGCCCACAAAUAUCAUCGGACUCUGGUGGGCCGUUGGCAGUCCCCUCAACCUCGACCCCAACAGCAUCUGCCGACGCUCCCGCAAGCUCCGGGGCAGCGGCAACAAACAGCAUGACAUUUGCCGGCGGGAGCCCGAGAUCGUGGACGAGGUAGUGAAGGGGACGAGGUUGGCCAUGAAGGAGUGUCAGUACCAGUUGCGGUACCAUCGCUGGAACUGCACCAUGUUGGGGAACUCUUUCGUGAAGAUCCUCAAACAAGACACUCCGGAGACUGCCCUGGCCAACGCCAUCACAGCGUCCGGUGUUGCCUUCACUGUGACCCAGGCCUGCAGCCUGGGCGACCUGCUCCAGUGCGGAUGCGCCGAGAGCACCAAGACCACGACGAGCGAAAGCCCCGGGCCGGACGGCAGCUGGGAGUGGGGUGGCUGCGGCGACAACAUCGAGUUCGGCUACACCAAGUCCAAGGAGUUCAUGGACACCCAGAUUAGGAGACGGAGCGACGUGAAAACACUGAUCACGCUGCACAAUAACGAAGCAGGUCGAAUGACGAUCAAACGUUUUAUGCGGCGAGAGUGCAAGUGCCACGGCCUGUCUGGUUCCUGCACUCUCAGGACGUGUUGGGAGAAGAUGCCCUCCUUCCGCGAGGCCGGCACCCGACUGAUGGACCGGUACAAAGGCUCGGCCAAAGUCACGGGCGGAAAUGACGGCGAGACGCUCAUUCCGGAGGACUCGACGAUCAAACCCCCGACCGAACUGGACUUGGUCUACUCCAUGGACUCGCCGGACUUCUGCGAGCCCAACCCCAAGACGGGCUCCCUGGGUACGGAGGGCCGGCGGUGCAACAGCACCUCCAUGGACGUAGGCGGCUGCGACAUCUUGUGCUGCAGCAGGGGCUACGUGGAGGAGACCGUAGUCUACCAAGUCAACUGCCGCUGUCGGUUCCACUGGUGUUGCGAGGUGAAUUGCGACAACUGCACCGUCCAAGCUACCAUUAACAGAUGUAACGGCUACGGCGCCCUAUGAACCAACUCGGGAUGAACUGGCAUACGAUAUCUUCGCUAGCACCGAUCGCCCUAUCCUAUAGUCUCUAGUGUGAUUUCUAAUUAAAGUCAAACAAAUUUGUGGCGGGAACGUAAAGGAUUGUGGAUAGCUUACCAAAGUAUUCCCUGAGAGCGACGCAUGCGCACGCUGAAGGGGUUGAACCUUCUGUCCAGUGAGAACUCAGAAUGAAGACACUGCAGCACCGUAGCAGAGGGCGGUGGGUACGAGCGAAAAAAAAAAUCAAAUUUGCGCGCCAACAAACCUUUUUGGUAUCCCGUUGGCCGAUUCAUGUCCUUGCUCUUUCCUUAUUUUCACAGUCUUUUCGAAUGUGGCGUGUUUCAUUUUGUGUUAUGGUAGUCUCCCGUCAGCUAGACUAGGUCCGAAGUCUUGGCAGAGUAAUAACAACACAAAGCAUUCUUCCAUACUAAGUAUUCAGUGACCACAGAGUAUACUGGAAGGGACUCGUAUAUACCUGAUCUACUGCCAGCACCAACUCAAAACCAUACAAUCAUUAUUCAGUGCCUUUUUAACGUAUUUUUAAUUCACUUCCCGUGCGUAGCACGGGCUUAUGUUCUAGUGCCUAUACAGCAAACUUUUGUCAGUAGCAAUACGUUCAGUAUUUGAAAAAAAAGUGGUAAUUCAAUUGUUUUACAGUAUUAGAGAAACAUCUUAAUAGCUCGACUAUUUUAACACUGGUGAACAUUUGGCACGCAGGCCCUUCAAAAGAAAAUGUGUGAAAGCUGUACAUAUGAUGAUGUUUAGAGAAACACAUGAAAGAGGCGAUUACUAUCACUCUGCUUUUAAUACUAAUUUUGUAAGAUGUAACAUAUUUUUAUAUCACUGAAUAUAAUUUUGUAAUGUCUAAAGUAUAUUGUUCUUAUACAUGUAUUUAAAAUGCUUUCAGAGUCUCUUAAAAUAGUGGCGAAUACUUUUAAGGAUUUAAUUACAGUUCUUGCUAAAUUUGCCUUUGAAGAAUAUGACCAACAGUGCCUUAUUUUUAUUUCCAAUUGUAAUAUAUUUGCAUCAGAUUUAACCAAAUGUAAUUCAUUGUGUGUUUCAAUGUUUGUGCAUGGUAAUCAAUGAACACGGUGCGAUUUCCGUUAAAAAACAAAUACAUUUGUUUGUUUCUUUCAAUGCCAAACUGCGAAAAUGUUUU